AUGGCGAUGCAAAUGGUGUGGGAGCCUAUGUUCGCAGCUUUGUUCUGCGCCCAGUCUUUGUUCAUGUGCUCAUUUCUCUAUACUGGGAUGCUAAAGGUGUGGGAGCAACCAAGGUUGGGUGUGGAAGGGUGGGAGGAGCAGGGCUUUGCUCAACAUCGGGCUAUGUGGCUGGUUUUGUGGGAGCCCUUAGCUCUGGGUACUGUUAAGUUCUCGGAUGUGCCAAUCAUUCCCGGCGCGCAUGUUGACUUCAUUCUAGCAUUCGCCAUCGACUAUUCAUGGUCGGGAAGUUCUCCCACAAACCGAAAAUGCAAGCAUAAGAAAGUCAGAGUUGCUCUCAGCUUAGGCGGCGACAGCGUGGGUAAAACCCACGUCCAGUUAAAGCCACUGUCUGUGUCGUCGUGGGUGAAGAAUGCAGUUUCUUCUCUCACUAAGAUUAUCAAGCAAUACCAUCUUGAUGGCAUCGACAUCGAUUAUGAGCAUUUCGACGUUUCAGAUCCCGGUACCUUUGCCGUCCGUAUUGGUCAGCUCAUCACUCAACUAAAGCAGAAGAAAGUUAUCACUUUAGCCUCCAUCUCCCUGUUCGACGAUCCAAAAGUGCAGUCCCAUUACUGUAAGGACUCGAAAUUUCCAUAA